AUGGCGCCAGAAUGGGACUCCGAUGGUGCUUUCGAAGACGACUUUGACCCCGAGUCAUUAGACGAUAUCCAAGCGGAACGAGAAGAGAACUACGAAGAGCGCUUCAGGAUAGCAGGUAAAGCAAUCAAAAGAAGAAAGAACUUCUCUCAAGACGACGUCGAGGACUUCCUUGCCGAGUUUGGCGACAUUGCUGGCAAGUCGUCGGCCAAGGUAUCAGGAAAUCUGCUCCAUACACUGGUCGAAAUAGUCAAGCACAGCGACGAUGUCGAAUCAGAGAACGUUGAACUCCUCGUUCGGAGACUUGUUGGAAAGUAUCCCGAUCUCCUCGUGUACCCAAACAAAGAUGGACACAACCCCGUGUACAUGGCUGUCAGGGCCUCAAAUCACCAGCUUAUCAGCUGCAUGAUAUCUGCUUGCGAGGAACGCCAAAUGCAAGACGCUAUUGGUCCGGACGCUAUGCAAUGCCUGGACGAUGCCCUUUGUAUGAAGGCCCAGGAGGGAAAAACGAGCCUUCAUAUCGCGCUCAAGGAGAACUUCAACGCUGAAACAGCCAGGAUGAUGAUCGAAAACGCUAGCGAUGAGGCAUUGGGAAUUCAAGACGACCUAGGCAAAACGCCAAUGCAUUAUGCAGUGUCCUUUUCGCAGUGCACCAGCAUUAGAGCUGAUCUCAUCUCCCUGUUUAUCCAGCGAGACUUGAGCGCCAUUCAAAGCAAGCCGAGGCCCGAGACGACCUUUCUCGACUUGGCCGACAAGAGCAACUGCUCGGUGUUUCGGGAACAUCAAAGGACCAGGACCAUAGUCACCAAAAGGUUCAACGAAUGGGCGGCAAAGAAAGCUCAAUCGGCAAAUUCGGAUGAAGCUGGCGAAGCCGCAGCGGGCGAUCGACCUGCCAAGGGUACCAAGGAAGCCCCCCAGCCUCGCAUUAACGAGAGGGAUACUUCCCAUGCGGUAGCCAAACCUGACAGCAAUGAGAUUGCGAACAACAAUCAUGUUGAACCUGAGAUCGAAGAGAAGACGACCGAUCACGAGAAGCUGCGCCAGAGGAAGAAGGCAGAAGAGGCGAUCCGCCUGAGAGAAGCAGCCAGGGAAGCAGCAGAAGCGGCAGGCCGAGAUGCCCGAGGCGAUCAUGCCAAGUUGGCUACUCGACUCAUACCCCCAGUUCGACAGAUAGAACCUGCGCCUAAUACUCCGAUAAAACGCAUCAACUCAGCACGCAUCGAUGGAAAGCCAAGCCACAGCAGGCCGCCUGCAAGGCCUUCGCAACUAUCUCGGAAGAGCACCACCGCUGACAAGGGCAACAUGACGGUGUGGAACAAGAACUCGGAAGACAUCCUACUCAACCUCAAACUACACUACAUGAGGACGAGGAGCACCGAGAUGGCCAUAUCCUUCCUGUACGGACUGAAUAUGAGUGAUGUGCAAAUCGGCUUCGACUAUGACCGCCUUCCACGCCGAAUCUUCUGGAACGACUUCAUCAAGCGGUUCGGCGCAGACGGGAAGUCUGGUCUCAAGUUCGACAGCGUGCUCAACUACGUCAACUUCCCGCACGUCGAAGUGCGCCUCAAGGGCCGCUUGGCUGAUAACGAACGCGAUGCUGAGCUGCAAUCUGGAGGAGACCAGCUAGGGGCUCUAGGACGCAAAGAUAUGACAUACUUCUUCGAUUGGCUUUACAAGAAAGGAGUGCGCCAUAUCAUCAGAUUGUCCGUCCAAGACCCCGGAGACUCGGGCGAGAAGGUCCAUAGUGAGUGGGCUAUUCAGCAAGCCCUCGAACGGUUCGUUGUCGAGCGCCUCGAUUGGCAGAAGACUGACCUGGACCCGGAGACUAUCCUGCACGUGAGUAGCAAAGCUCUGGAGGUGGAGGCUCCAACAAGUGAGGAUCCCAAGCAUAUUGAAAGGCUUCCAAACAGGCAGAUAAAGGAAUUAUGUUUGAGGUGGAGUGGUAGCAAUAUUGUGCUUCGAGCCUGGAGUGAGCCAGAAGGGUUGCCAAAUCUAACUACACUUGAAAGGAUCUAUCUUUUCAAGCCACCCUUGGACAAGAUGCUUGACGGUCCCCGGUGGAUCAACCAGAAAGUUCUCGAAUUCCAAGAGAGACUCAACAAGAAUGCCAAAAGAACAGAGGGUACACAGUUUGAAUCAAGCGAACAAGGCAGUCAGGUACCCCUGGAGCCCCGUCGGAUCGAGGUCAUAACUCGAGAUGUAGGGACCGAUGACCAACGCAAAACGGCAUCUCGCGGCGUCCUCCUUUCCACAACCUCUGCGCCGGUAAAGGGCGUCAAUUCUCAUAGGUGGCUAGACUCUACAUCCAGGUUUGCGAGUGAGAUGAUGUCCUUCUGGGAGAAUACCCUCAAGGACUUUAAGGAGGCAAGGAGGGGCCGAGGCACACCAGAGCGUGUGGAGGACGACGUCGUCAUAGCGCUCAUUGACGACGGGAUAGAUAUGUUUGAUGCAUCGCUAUCUAAUCAUGUUCUCGAAGGGAAGAGCUUCGACUACCAUGAUGGCAAAGUGCGGCCUCCAUUCUCAUCAGCAAGAGGUCAUGGUACGGUCAUGGCCAGCAUGAUCUUGCGCAUAUGCCCUAUGGCCAAGGUCUAUCCGAUAAGACUUCGAACAUAUGAAGGUCCUGAUGGGAAGAGCCAGAUUGAUAGGAAGUAUGCGGCCAUGGCUGUUCAAGCUGCACUUGAUAAGAAGGUAACCAUUAUUUCCAUGUCGUGGACGCUCCCGAUGCCGAAGGGAAGCAAUGACACUAAAGAUACAUUACACACCGUUCUACAAAAGGCUGUAGACGCCAAGGUCCUCAUGUUCUGCUCAUCGCCCGAUGAGGGCAAGUUCUCUAUACUCGACUAUCCUAGCGGCCCCUGGCCCGAUGAUUUCUUCCGCAUCGGUGCUGCGCGUGCUGAUGGCACUGUAUUUGAGUGGACGCAGGACGAUGGCAUCACAUUUGUGCUACCCGGCGUCGACGUGGUCAAGGACCAGGUGGGCAACAGCUCCUUCGACAUGCCCUCAUCCGGAGGCGUUACGAACCGCGUCGUGGACUUCAAGUACGAGACGGGCUCCAGCGUGGCCACGGCCCUGGCAGCUGGACUUGCAGCCAUGAUCAUCUAUUGCGUCAAGGCGAGCAUCCUGGCGGUCAAGACUGCGAACCAGGACACGGGACCGAUCGUAGGCAUCGCAAUCCCGGACAACGGCGGCGACCUAGUAGCGAAGCCUGACGCGAUGCGAGCAGCGUUUCGGAGCCUGGGCAAGAAGACUCACAACAACUUCAUACAGGUCUGGGAGGAACUAGACAAGAUCAGUGAUAUGCUGGAGCGUGCGCGAGCCCGGGGCUCUAGCCCAGAGGCCAAGCUGGCCUGUGUCAAGCGGUUUGUCGAGUUCGGGGUGAAGCUUGCUAAGGGUCACUAGACUUGGAAGAAAGCCAUGAGUUGUUGACGAUGGCAGUGAGAUGGAGUUUGCCAUUAAUCUCCUUAGUGCCAAGCAAAACUAGAUAGCAUGGCGAGCUGUGGCCUCUACGAGAAGUCGGAAGUGUGAUGCUGUAUACGGCGUGUUCUCUUGCCUUCAAGUAUUUCUAAAUCUUAAUGAUUUGUUUCUGCCUGAUUGAUUUAUUGACU